AUGAAAAAAACUAGCUGGCUCAGAAAGAACUGGUUGCUUGUGGCCGGACUGUCAUUUCUAGGUGUCCAUAUUGGCACAUAUCUUAUACAAAGAGCUGCAAAGAAUUCUGUUAAAUCGACCGUGGAAAUUAAACACAAGAAUCUUGAUGAAUGAAGUAAUUUUCUGUAACAAUCAGAUACUAAAAUAUCACUGUUAUAUCUAAUCAUUAUUUGUUAAACUAUGCAGUUAUGUGGACACCAGGGUCAUUCUAUACUGUGGUUCAUUAUGACGAUUUGUGACUGCAAAGAGUAAAAAUGUACUUCUGUUGAGUUAAAAAAUAUAACUUAACAGAUUCAAGUGAAAACGGAAUAAACCUGUAAUUUUGUUGGCCAGAAUGAAAA